CCAAUCAGCGCUCAGAGCCCCACGUGAUCGCCGGCCUCUGACCCGCCAAGAUGGCGCUGUCCAGGGCCGCUGCCCGUGGGGGGCUCUGGCGCCUCGGCCCCGCCGCCCUGAGCCCCUCUUGGGGGCGGAUGGAGUCGCAACUCGCUCUGGGAGUGUCCAGGUGCGGGGGGUGGGGGCGCAGGUGCCAGGUGUGUUGCCAGGUGCGCAGGUGCCAGGGGCGUUCCCUCUCCACCCGCGCCGCCUCCCGCGCCCUCGUGGCCGCCGUGGCCGCCGCAGCCCGGCGGGUCAACACCAGGUACGAGCGGUACCUGGAGAGGAGCUUCCCCCGGUUCUAUGUCCUGCACAGCACCUUCAAAACAGGAGUCCAGGCACUCUUCCUGGAAGUGAAGGAAAUCAGGAGAAUCAAGUCCAAGAUGUCCCAGCAGCGGCUGAGCCCGCAGCAGCUCCCGUACCGCGACAUGGAGCGGCUGCGCCAGUUCCGCAGGGAUGUGCUCAAGGCCAUUCCCAUCGGGAUCAUCGCCAUCCCGCCCUUCGCCAACUUCCUGGUCAUUGUCUUGAUGUAUUUCUUCCCACGGCAGCUCCUGAUCCGCCAGUUCUGGACACCCAAGCAGCGGGUGGAGUUCCUGGAUGCCUACGACUCCAUCCGGAGGGGCUCCUACCCCGCCGUGGUGCGGAGCCUGGCGCUGGCAGCGCGUUCCCUGCCCGAGCCCCAGCCCCGGGAGCUCCUGCAGCAGCUCUGUGCCCAGGUGCAGGGAGGUGCCCGGCCCCACCUGGCCCAGCUCUUGGCCGUGAGGAGUUUGUUCUCUGGGUCUCUGCUGGCGCUGAGCAGGCUCCAGGUGGAUCAUGUGAGAGCCCUGGGCCAGGUGCUGUUCCUGACCCCACACCUGCCGGCCUUUUUCCUGCGCUAUCGGCUGCGGAGCCACGUCCUGGAGAUCCGACACCUGGACCGGGCCCUGCUGUGCCUGGGCCUGGGGCAGCUCUCUGAGGAGGAGCUCCGAGCGGCCUGUUACCUGCGUGGGCUGAACUCCACUCACCUGGGCCGGGCCGAGUGCCGAGCGUGGCUGGAGCAGUGGCUCAGGCUCUCCUGUGAGCUCCAAGCCUCCGAAGCUUCUCUCCUGGCCCACAGCAUGGUCCUGCUGUCCCUCAACUACAGCCGGCCUCCAGAGUGACGGCCGCGUGCCCCCGAGCCCGGCCUGGCACCCUGACGGACCAUGGAGUGACCGCUGCGUGUCCCUCCCCUCAGCCUUGUGCCCCGACCUGGUCAUUCCCAGCCCGGUGCUGCCAAAAUCCCAGCGUUUUGUGGAGCUGGCGCUGGGUUUUCCCUUCCUUCGGAGCCGUCAGAGCGGCCGGCAGCUCGGAGAGGUGGCUUCGGCAUUCCAGUAAUUAACUGCAUCCCGUUAAUUGUGGGAGAGAGCGAGCGAGCGAGCGGCUCCCUGGCCCGGGGAUGUUCCCGUGGGAUCUGGUGGAUGCUUCCCAUGGGAUUUGGCAGCCGUGACUCGGUGCUGGAGGAUUUUCCUCUGUUCCUUUUCUCUACUGAUCAGUCUUUAAACGUAACACCCCCCCCCCCCCACCCAGGGCUUCAGAAGCUCCCUCAAACUCCCCCCAGAGCCUCCCAAAUCCCUGGGGGGGACCUUCCCCAGAGCCUUGGGGGGGUUCUGGGGUUUGCCCGGAGCAGGGGGGUGGGUGGAGGCAGGAGGGAGUUGGAGCUGGGAUGCCCCUGCUGACUCCAGGGGUGGGAAGGGCCGAGCAUGGGGGACCCAAAUUCAGCCUCCUUGAAGUGUCUUAGAGCUUUUCCCCCUGCAUUUCCCACUCGGCAGCGGCGGCUCCAGGGAUUUGGGGGGGUUAAACCCCCCCUGCCCCGCCCUGCAGGAGGAAUCCCUGACCCCAGAGCUGGGUGGUUUGUCAAAGCCCAAAGGAAUCGUGGCUCUGGUGUCUUUGGGGGAGCCCCUCGGUGGCUCUGUCUGACACGGGGCAUGGGGACAGCUGGAGAGUUUCCCUUUGAAGCAGAUUUGGGGUAUCAAAGGGUAGGAGCCAUCCCCCUUCCUGCUGUUUUUUGUGAAUUGGGGACCCCCCCCUCCAUGAGGAAUUCAUCGGUGGGGGGUAUUUAACCCCUUUUCAGCCACAACCCACAUCUAACUUAACCAUUUCUUUUCUUUUUCCACUUACGUAUUCCCCAUAAAUACGGCGUCGUUCAGGAAAUAGAGUGAAAAAAAAUGUGUAAUAUUGAGGAGAAGCUUUGGAUUCACAAAAUCAGGGAAAAUAAAAAAUGAAAAAUCCAGUGGGAGCUCAGAGGAAUUUAAGGGGACACCUGGAUUUUGAGGAGCAGGGGGACUCAGAAGCACCAGGACCAACCAAGACCUGGUGUUAGUGUGCAUUAAUUCCAAUAAAAAUUAUAUUAAAAUGCAAA